AUGGCAGAGGGUAUGAUCAUGAAAAGGUCUGGAGGUCACAGAAUCCCUGGCCUGAAUUGCUGUGGGCAAGGAAGACUCUGCUACCGAUGGUCCAAAAGGUGGUUAGUAGUAAAGGAUUCUUUUCUACUGUACAUGAAGCCAGACAGUGGAGCCAUUUCUUUUGUCCUCCUGGUAGAUAAAGAAUUCAGAAUAAAGAUUGGCAAGAAGGAAACAGAAACAAAAUAUGGACUUCGAAUAGACAAUCUCUCCAGGUCUCUGAUUUUGAAAUGCAAUAGCUAUAGACAUGCUCUCUGGUGGGGUCAAGGAAUAGAAGCAUUCAUACAGAAAAAUGGCAAGAACUUUCUCCAGCAUCAUCGGUUUGGUUCUUAUGCAGCUGUCCAGGAGAACACCUUAGCAAAAUGGUAUGUGAAUGCAAAGGGGUACUUUGAAGACGUUGCAAAUGCAAUGGAGGCUGCCAAAGAAGAGAUUUUCAUCACAGAUUGGUGGCUGAGCCCUGAAAUAUUCAUGAAGCGUCCAGUGGUGGAAGGAAAUCGUUGGAGAUUAGACUGUAUUUUGAGGAGGAAAGCUCAACAAGGAGUGAAAAUCUUUGUGAUGCUCUACAAAGAGGUGGAACUUGCUCUUGGCAUCAACAGCGAGUAUACCAAGCGUACCUUAAUGCGUUUGCAUCCCAACAUUAAGGUGAUGAGGCACCCGGAUCAUGUGUCAUCUACUGUGUAUUUGUGGGCUCACCAUGAGAAGUUAGUGGUCAUUGAUCAGUCCAUUGCUUUUGUUGGAGGCAUUGACUUGGCUUACGGCAGAUGGGAUGACAAUGAACAUCGGCUAACUGAUGUUGGCAGUGCAAAACGGAUGACAAGUACGAAGUCUGAGUCUUCAACAAAUCUCUCUUCUUUAGCUGAUACAACCGAUGCAUCAAAUACUGAGCUUCCAACAGAGUCUGCAGUAAAACUCUCAUCAUAUGGCAACUUUGAUGACCCACCUGAUCCUUCAAGAAUGAAAGGGAUAGGGAAACCUAGGAAGUUUGCCAGGUUCAGCAUCUACAAGCAGCUCCACAGACAUGGCCUACAUCAUGCAGACAGUGUGAGCAGUGUAGACAGCGAUUCGAAUAAAGGUUCGAUCCGCAGCUUGAAGACAGGUGUUGGAGAGCUUCUUGGUGAAACCCGAUUUUGGCAUGGAAAAGAUUACUGCAACUUUGUCUUCAAAGACUGGGUUCAACUUGAUAAACCCUUUGCUGAUUUCAUUGAUCGCUACACUAUGCCAAGGAUGCCAUGGCAUGACAUUGCUUCUGUGGUACAUGGAAAAGCUGCACGGGAUGUGGCUCGGCACUUCAUUCAGCGCUGGAAUUUCACAAAGAUCAUGAAACCCAAAUAUAGAUCCCUGUCAUACCCUUUCUUGCUGCCGAAAUCCCAACUAACAGCUGAUGAUCUGAAGUACCAAGUCCCUGAGGCAGUGAAUGCCAAAGUGCAGGUGCUUCGCUCUGCUGCUGAUUGGUCUGCUGGGAUCAAGUAUCAUGAGGAAUCCAUCCAUGCUGCUUAUGUCAAUGUGAUAGAAAACAGCGAACACUACAUAUAUAUAGAGAACCAGUUUUUUAUCAGCUGUGCCGAUGAGAAAGUUGUAUUUAAUCGGAUAGGUGAUGCCAUUGCCCAGCGAAUCCUCAAAGCCUACAGGGAAAACAAACGGUACCGAGUCUAUGUAGUCAUCCCUCUGCUGCCCGGAUUUGAAGGUGAUAUUUCAACAGGAGGAGGAAAUGCGCUGCAAGCAAUCAUGCAUUUUAACUACAGGACCAUGUGCAGAGGAGAUAAUUCGAUCCUGGGACAGCUGAAAACCGAGAUGGGAGAACAGUGGAUUAACUAUAUCUCCUUCUGUGGGCUCCGAAACCAUGCUGAGCUGGAAGGGAAACUUGUCACAGAGUUGAUCUAUGUUCACAGCAAGCUGAUGAUUGUCGAUGACAACACAGUCAUAAUUGGCUCAGCUAACAUCAAUGACCGCAGCAUGCUAGGGAAACGUGACAGUGAAAUGGCUGUUGUUGUGCAGGACACGGACACUGUUCCUUCUGUCAUGGAUGGAGAGGACUACAAAGCUGGAAGAUUUGCUCAGUCUCUCCGCCUUCAGUGCUUUAGAGUUGUCUUUGGCAGUUCAGUUGACGCAAAUGAUCUCCAAGAUCCUGUUAGUGACAAAUUCUUCAAGGAAGUGUGGGUUGCUACAGCUGCACGCAAUGCCACCAUUUUUGAUAAGGUUUUCCGAUGCCUUCCCAGUGACCAGGUAACCAACUUAGCCCAGUUACGGGAAUUCAUCACCAUACCAAAACUUGCUUGUGAGAAUCCUGCAAAAGCAGCAGAAGAACUCAAGAAGAUCCGAGGAUUUCUAGUCCAGUUCCCUUUUCGUUUUCUAGAUGAAGAAAAUUUGCUUCCUUCUGUUGGAACAAAAGAAUCCAUGGUUCCCAUGGAAACUUGGACUUAAAACGACUUAGCCUAAAUUGGAUUU